AUGACCAAAAUUAGACCAACGGAAUAUAUUUUCCGAACAUUAGACAGUUGUACAAAUCAUGCGAUAAACCUUGAUCUCAAAGAAGAAGCUAAUAAACUACAAAUUUAUCUAAUUAAAAAUCCAAAAGAAGAAGAAAAGUUGUUAUUAGCUCUUAAAAGUACCUAUAAAACGAAAGAAGAUAAACGAAGUCUUAUGAAAUAUUUCCUUAAUACUAUAACUGAUGAACAUCAAGCACGAACAAAAAUUAAAAUUACGGAUGAAAUUCCCAACGGUAUGCUUACAAUUUAUACAACCGAUACCGUUACUUUAUUGUACUGGUUCAGAAUGGACUUAUCAACCAGCAAAAAACGUUAUAUGAAGAGUUGUGAUAUGAGCUCAAAGAACAUUAUCAAAAUUUUCUUCAGGAAAAUUUCUGAUAAAACAUAUAUUCCGAUAUACCUAUUCCUUUCUGGUGCUGGCACGGGAAAGUCAAGAAAUGCUGAAGAAUUUCAUAGAACAGCAAUUGCAUGCCUUUCGGAAGAUGAGGAUCUUAAUCUGAGAAAGAAAAUUGAGGAUGCUUUUGUAUUCAGCGUUGGGUUUGAAAAUGGAAAUAGCUUGAGAUGCGAUGUAGAACAAAGCGCGUACAGAUAUAUUGGUACUCGAAUGCUUAAACAACUACUUCCCGAUCAAGAUUUAGAUCUGAUCAUUUCUAAUUAUGAAGCACCGUUAACAUGGGAGGUUUUUGAAUUGGUGUCUAAAUACGAAAAUCGUGAAUUAAAAGAAAUGACAAUUUUGUUGAUCAUUGACGGUCUACUAAACAUAAUGAAAUCGAAUAAUGAUUGGAAUGACAAGACAUCUGAAUUCUUUAAAACUUUGACGAAUAUACAUGACCUUGCCUUGCGAGGUACUUUUGUGAUACCAUUAUGUACUGCAACAGUCACUGAUCCAGUUGAAAGUGUAUUGAAAAUCACACAUAGUAAACGUGUAUAUUUGUCAAUUGCUUCUCUGGAUCCCCCUACCAUUAUUAAAAGCGGUGUUGUGACUUCUAUCUUUCAAACAGAUGAUCAUAUCAUUAAAAUGUUGGUAAAUGACUGUGGUGGACAUGGGCCCUCAAAGGCUAUUGCACGAGCAACACUUACUCGGCAUCUCUUGGAAUUUAAUAAGCAUGUUCCUGGCACAAAAAAGUAUCCCGACCAUAUUGUACAACCUGGGCUAAUUCGUUAUGUUCGUGAAAGUAAUUCCAAUGGCAAGGAUCCAUACUUAGAGACUGGUCCUUCUGCGACUAUGGUGACCACAGUUCUAACGAAAAAUCCGACAUGUCCGCCAGGAUCACAGUUCUGGCAACAUUUUGAACAUUUCGUUGCUUCUUUUCGCACACUAAAAUCAAGAAAUCUAAAUGAUGGCGAAUUAACAUCAAUCUCAAGCAUUCACAUUGGAGCGCGUUUGAAUGGUGAUUUUGAAUUUAAGAAUCAUCAUUUGGAGUUAGAAUGCGCAGUACAUCAAGAAGACACAAAUCCAUCAAACUAUGGAAAGGGUAUAAAGAAGAUUAUAUGUGAAGACAAGACUGUAGAUGUACGUGAAUGCAAGUAUUGUAUCAUUAAUGGUGCAUCUGCGCCAUAUGGUGAUGCGUUACUUGGGCUAGAUGUUAAUUUAAAAAGUCUUGCAUCGAGUAAAGACUUUUUUAUUUUGAAUAUAACCACAAAUUGUUUGGAUUUCAAACUACCAAAAAACUCUGGAAUUGUAGACGCGUCCAAUUGGGACAAAUAUUUCGGUCCUUAUUCUGGUAGGGCAUAUGCUUACGCUAAUGUAGGUCCUUUAAACAUUAAUAAGGCAAGUCGCAGAGAUCUCCUGUCGGUGUAUGGAAUUGGUGAAACUUGA